UGCUGCCGAUGCUGCACAGCUGUUAUUAUGCGGCAAAAAUCCUCCCUUCCAACAUGACUGUGGGAAGUUGUGCGCUCCUCCCUGGACACUCGGACAACCAUGCCAAGUUAGGUUCUAAUGGGGAAGUCACUCUUUCGCUGGCUGUGCUUCUCUUGUCGAAGACUGAACACCAGUUUUCGAAGGUGUCCUUUAUCCAAAAAGAGUCUGGUAAUCGUGAUCGUGUGUGUAGUUUAUUUAUUUUUUGUGGUUUCACACGUUGUACACUGGCAGCAGCUGCGGCACAUAUGGGUUGUUAAAGACAACUUCGGACGCGGCGGUGGAUUGGACACUUUGCGGAUUCCACACUCCGUGAGUGUGCAGAUCGGAGCGGCCGCCGCGGUGCCGACCCGAUCCAAUGUGGUGUACGUCACGCUCAAAUCUAAGCGUCAUAAACCCACAAAUAUUCGAGGCACAGUGAGACCAAAAGUGAGGCGAAAAGUGAGGAGAGGUAAAUCCGCGUUUUCGCACAGCAAAUUUGGCCAGUUGGAGCAGGACGCGGGCCAAAUUACGGACAACUUUGCGCCCAAAACGCGCCGGAGCCAAACUGGAGAUGCGCAUUACAAGUCAGUGGUUAUAACACGUGAAUUUGACACGAAUCCACAGGCAGACUCUGGCAUUAGUUCUAUCCGAAUUUACAGCCUGAGGACACCGCCGUGGUUCAGCGCGCAGGACGUCAGGACCAUGCGCUUUCUGACGGACACCAAAAUUUUGCGCAUCAAAGAAGUCAGUCACGGAGACUCUCCGUCCUUCCUGAUGUUCGAAGCGGAGACGAACGUUUCUCCGACCAGCCAAAAACACGGAACCAGCAACGAAGUGUGCAAAGGGCAGUGUGGAAUUAUCAGCAGCCCCGUGGACACGAGUGAAGUCUUUGCUUUCCACUUGGACAGGGUGCUCGCGCUCAAUAGGACCUCACCAGCUGUCAGCAGAAAGUUCAACUUUUUACACGAUGGCCAGCCCUGCCCAGUGGCAUUGUGGGAUGCAUCUCUUUUCCCAUCAGGCCUCACGGCAGGCGUUUCUGCUGUGAGUUUAACGUGGGGGGAGUACCAAAGCUCCCUGAAAGAGAGAUGCUGGCUGAAGAAUGUCAGCCCAAAGCCCAGCUCCGGAUGUUCAGCAGUUCAUCACUACGAGUGGAGCAAACUGGCUCUGUUUGAUUUCCUUUUACAGAUAUACAACCGCCUGGAUCAGAACUGUUGUGGGUUCAAACCCCGGAAGCAGGAUGCGUGUGUGGAACAAGGCCGACACACUGGAUGUGGGGAGCAGGACAGGAUACGUCUGGCAAACAUCAUCUGCAGGGUGGACGAGACCAGACAGCUGGUGUUCACCAAAAACAAAGGGUUCUUUGACCGCAAUGAGGACAAUCUGGACUUUCGGCUCCUUGAAGGAAUAAAGGAGUGUUUGCAGAUUUCCAGAGGAGGCGCUGUCAGUGCUGAGAAGCAGCAGGUUGAGGGAGAAGCUCCUCCAGUCUCUGUUCAUGGACCAGACCUACUGGGAUAGCCAGGGCGGCCGGCAGGGCAUCGACAAGCUCAUCGAUGUCAUAGAGAGGCGAGCCAAAGUGCUUCUUAAUUACAUCAACACACAUGGGAUUAAAGUCAUCACCAUGAAUGUGUAACAGAAGGUCACCAACUGCAAGUUGAGGAGUACUUUAAGGAAAGUAAUGGUUUACAUUUUUGGUUCAUUUUCUUCUACCUAAAAACCAAAUGUAAUAUACUUAUACACAGAGGUUUCUACAGCUAAAGUAUUUUUUUUCCUUCUGAGGCCAUUCAGAAAGUGAGUGUUUUUUACUUUGUGUCUAAAUCAAUUGCACUGUAUCAUUGUUUAUUUUCCUCUGUGUCACUGGAAUAAAAAUGCUUAUGAAGCCUUUUGUUGUGGCCAAAUAACCCACAAGCUUAAAUCUAAUUCUCUGGACAUCUCACCAAUUAUGCAAGUAAAGAAAUAAUUUUU